CACAAUCUUUUGCAACAAGGAGAGCAGGUCCAAACCUUGCAGGAUACUGUGAGGAAAUUGAUUGAUGGAAACAAUUGGCUAAUGUCUAAGCUUGGCGAGAGAAUGAAAGAGUCCGUCUCUCUGACGUUGAAAGCUGCUUCUUUGAACCAUGAAUUGGAAACCGUUCUUAACGAUAAGAUGAUCAUGUCGCACACUAUCGAUGAGCUCCAAGGUAAAGUCUCCGAGCUUAACCUGCUACCUGAGACUACACCCAGAGCUAUUAUCGUCAUAAAGAUGUUGGAGAUCCUUAACAAGGCUUCUCAGCCUUCGAGCGGGAAGGGCCUUUGUGUUUCUUUGAUAUCUUUGGACAGUCGUCGGGGUACAAAUUUAAGACGCACACUUGACACUUUGCUGAGCACCCAUGAAGCUCAAAUACUAUUUUCCACCUUUGAUGAGUGGUUCGGUAUAGAAGCAUUGCAGUCUAUAACACUCGUUACUUGCUGUGUGUGCAGAAAAGCCAAGUUCAGACAAACUGCUAGCGUUGACGGGGCCGCACCUGUUAAUGAAUUCAUUAAAACCGGCCCAACGAUUUCAUGCGACAAAGCAGUCUGCUCAGCAUGCUAUCUCAACUCAAUUUCAUACUCCUUAGAGCUGCUCCAGGAGACAUGGUGGACGACUCAAGGGUCAACGAUCUCCAUAUUUUGUCCUUGUGGAAGUCACUGUGACAGAAUUCCCAUGGACAAUCGCCAACGGCUGAUACAGUUGCUACAAAUGAUGAACGACGACUGGCUCAAGAUUACAAAGAUGAAGAUCUAUGACACGGCUUUACACCUGAUGAAGAUUCUAAACAAUAUCAAACCAGAACCGACAACUAGUGCCCGAAAGGUUGCAGCACGCAUGCAUCGGAAGAUGAUGGCCAAUGGUUUCAUGCGGUGGCCGUUUGACAUGGGCUAUUGGGACCUGCACCACACUAAAACUGGCUCCCCACUACAGGCAAACUCCAAGUUUGUUCAAAUCUAUAAUGUCGAACAUGAUGGAGAAACGUUAUCGAUUCCUGUUUUCACUCGGUUUCUGCGCGCUGAAAAGGAACCGACUCAUUGCGUAAUUUGCACUGAGUCUAUCUGUGACGUCUCCUAUGGUUCUAUCGAGCAGUGGACGAAAGUCUGUGCAGAGUUCGACGGCGACUGGAAAUGGAGGGUCUUAUUAUUCCCUCAGAAAUUGGGCACAAAGUGCAACCAUGCAAUCGACUUCUGCACGCCUUGCUUACGACGACACAUCGAAGUCCAACUGGAGCAAUUCGGAAGAAGCGCAUGCGACAAUAUCACUUGUCCAUCCGCGGGCUGUGAACGCCUGCUUACGUAUGAAGAAUUGAAAAUAUAUGCACAAGAAGAGACGUUUCUCAAAUACGACGAGUACUUGAAACUCAAAGCCUUGAGCCAAAUGCCAUCUUUCAUGUGGUGUUUAUCCGAGAAAUGCUCCAGCGGUCAGAUACAUGACUUACUCUUGAACAGCCAUGUCGUUUGCGCUGACUGCGAAUUUGAAAUGUGUUUUACUCACCAAGUGAAGUGGCACGAGGGAUUGUCAUGCGAACAAUAUGACAGUCUGAAGGAAACAGGAGAUCCAGAGUUUCAACAGACUCAAGGGUGGAUCACGAACAAUACUAAGCCGUGCCCUGAAUGUAAUAUUAAAGUGCAAAAAGGCAAUGGUUGCUUCCACAUGACAUGUGAGUCUACACUGUGGCCUCAGACCGCUCAACUAUAG